AUGCCCACCAACCGACCCUUCUUCGCCAACUUCUUCUCGGCCUUUCGAGCCCGCACCAACCCGACGUUCCAGGCAAAAUCCAGCUCGGCCUACGAUGCCGUGUCGCCGGGCUCGCUUGUUGCCGCUGCACAUGUUUCUACAACCACAGCGACGGUAACCUCGUCUGGCACAAGAACAAUAUCUACGAAAGCGACCGGCGAGGCCUCGACCUCAUCACAACAAGCGCAGUCAAAACCUAGCUCGACCACCCCUCUUCCUUUUUCGUCCAACCCAAGUUCACACCGAUACGCAACGCCUCUGUCCAGGUCCCCCGGGACGAGUUCACCCGGCCCUCAUGCGACGCAUACAGCCCCGAACCUAUCAAUGUCCCCGCCGGGCACAUCAACCCCCAUGACGAGAGGCCGACAGAGACGUGGCAGCGACAGCUCUAACUCUUCAGGAGGAUUCAUCGAUGCCUUGGGCCCGGAGAAAUGGUAUAUCGGCGGCCGGAAUGCAGCGGGUGAAGAGACAUUUUACAAACUUGGCUUGGUAACAGGUGGAGCCGGGAGGAGGGUUCGCAGCUUGGACCGGUUGAGUCUUUGA